GCGAGCGGCGGCGGCGCCGGCCGGAUCAGAGGCCCUGGGUGGGUCUUCAGCAGACUCAUUGAUUUAGAGACAUCAGGACAAAGUUGGGAUUAAAAAGGCUGUCCAACUUCAGUGGAGUAGAUGAAUUUUUUUUUUUGACAACGGAACCUAUCCUUCACUCCUUUUUGUGAGCUGGAGGGAGACCCCCUGGAGAUGACUCCAGUCUCAGAUUGAGAAGAAAUGCUGUGCAGGUCCUCCUGGCAUUCCUGUGGUGGCUCAUCCUGAUUGGCUGAGCUUGCCCUACUGCUACUCCAGUGAUUGUCCUCCUUCUGGGACCCUAGCCUCCCUGACCGCCUUCUUCCUGGGAAGAUGUUCCUGGUGGGCCUGACAGGGGGCAUUGCCUCCGGCAAGAGCUCCGUGCUCCAGGUGUUCCAGCAGCUGGGCUGUGCAGUGAUUGAUGUCGAUGUCAUCGCCCGACAUGUUGUCCAGCCAGGAUACCCCGCCCACCGGCGCAUCGUGGAGGCUUUUGGCACUGAGGUCUUGUUGGAGAACGGAGACAUCAAUCGCAAGGUCCUGGGGGACCUGAUAUUUAACCAGCCCGACCGGCGGCAUCUGCUCAACACCAUCACUCACCCCGAGAUCCGCAAGGAAAUGAUGAAGGAGACCUUCAAGUACUUCCUUCGGGGAUACCGCUACGUGAUUCUGGAUAUCCCUCUGUUGUUUGAGACCAAGAAACUGCUCAAGUACAUGAAGCACACAGUGGUGGUAUACUGUGAUCGGGACACGCAGCUGGCACGCCUGAUGCGACGGAACAACCUGAACCUCGAGGACGCAGAGGCUCGGAUCAAUGCUCAGCUGCCCCUGAAGGACAAAGCCCGCAUGGCCCGCCACGUUCUAGACAACUCGGGCGAGUGGAGCAUCACCAAACGCCAGGUCAUCCUUCUGCACGCCGAGCUGGAGCGCUCCCUAGAGUACCUGCCCCUGAGGCUCGGGGUCCUCACAGGUCUGGCCGGCAUUGUUAGCCUCCUCUACUUGCUCACCCGCUACCUCCUGCCUUCCCCCUAGCUGGGCACUCCAAGGCAGGAAGCCCCUGGAUCUCCUCGGAAGCUAGGUAACGAAUGCAUCCUGUUUCCUCAGCCUCUUCAGCGCUCGCUCUCUAGAUAGAUAGAUAGAUAGAUAGAUAGAUAGAUAGAUAGAUAGAUAGAUAGAUAGAUAGAUAGAUAGAUGCUGGAGCCCUGCCCCUUCUUUGGGGUACAUUCUGUCUGAGGCAAAGAAACAUCCCUGUCUGUAGAUAUUCCUUCCUACCUUCCCUAGGGCUCCUCCCUCUAGAACCACUUACAGUGUCCACAAAUGUGAAUGCUCUGGUGGCCAUAUUUAGUGCCCCAUUUUCCAGAGAAGUGGAGGGAUCUGAUUUGGGUUGCAGCCGAGCUUCAGGAUUCUGCCCACUGUACCCCUGAGCCUCCUCCAGGAGGAGCAGAUCUGAGAUUGUGACCUGGUCUUGUCUCCUAUGUCAUGGGACAUGAAAGCAACCGUGGGAGACUAUGAUCAAUUUCUUGUGGGUGGGGGUGAGGAACACUAUCCCUGUGGCCCAGCAGUGUUUAAAGCUGGGAGGUUCCCUGGGCUUGGACAUGGCCCAAGGAACUGAACACAUGCUCCAUUGUGGCCAAAACCUCCUUCAUGGACCAUGGCAAAUCAUUUAAGACCAAGGACUACCAUCUUCAAACAGGACUCUCCCUUAGGUUGGUGCCUUGGACAGGAUGCUGUGAGGAUUCCCUGUGGGUGAUGCGGUAGUUGGCAGAGGCAAAGCCUCUUCUGGGAUGACCCACUCUCCCACUUGGGCACUUGUCCAGCACGCCCCUUACCCUGCUCACCACCUCUCCCCACUCUGUACCUUCCAUUCCCUGUACUCCUAGCCCUGAACUCUUGGGAGUCCACGCGCGCCAGGCUGUUUCUGACCUCUGUGCCUUCGCUGUGCUAUCCCCCCACCUGGAAUUGUGUGUGUGGUUUUCCCCCUAUAACUGGCUCCCAGCUCAGGCUGUCUGAAGCCCCAGGCUGGGUUAGGUGCUCUCUGAUACCACCAUCAUGUUUUAUCUGAAUCCAUAAUAUAGUAAUCAGCCCAAAGCUGGUUGGUCUCUCUACUAGAUUGUAAGCCCUUUGAGGGCAGGGAUCGUCUUAUUCAUCUCUGUUCCUGGUACAGAACCUGCCUUGCUGUUGGUGCUCAAUAAAGUGUGUUGAUCUGAAAUACCCGGCACUGCCAUUGUUCCCCUAGCACCAUGGACCAAUUAAGGUGCCCAGACUUGGCUGAUACCACUUGGCCUCCUCCCACACGGAAGCCUGGGCCCCAGAAGGCCCAGAGAAGUGGAGGGAUCUGAUUCGGGUUGCAGCCAAGCUUCAGGAUUCUGCCCACUGUCCCCCUGAGCCUCCUCCAGGAGGAGCAGUUCUGGGAUUGUGACCUGGUCUUGUCUCCUCUUUAUCUGGCCUCCUGGCCUUGUGUCUUCUAUCAGGUAGGCAUGAUGCUUAGGUCAAAGGACCUAAUGAAUGACCAUGAAAACCCUUUGCAGACUGUCAAAUUCCGAAGGAUUACUUUCUUCUGUGACCCUGUCUGUCGAGUUUAAUGCAAGAAUGUCAGAGGAUGGCCAACCUGGAAGGUCCUCCCCAGUGCCCUGGUCACGCCACAACCCCACUUCCUGUCCUCACGCCUCCCUCCUCACCACUUCCUCACGCCCAAGGUAGCCUUAGAAAAAGGCCUACUUUCCCGAGGGGCGUGACAACACGGUUAGGCCAUAUAUGGUGCUCCGAAGGCCCUGGGACAGAUUGGGAACAGCCUGGAAACAGCCAGAGCCAGGCCACCUGGAGCCCCAGCCCUACACCCCAGCGGGCAGCAUCCCCUCCGGCCGGCAGGUGGCAGCACCCGCCCGGGUUGGGGUCCGACCUCUGCAGUGGGCACUGGCGAAGAAGUUACUAACUUUCUCCCAGUGGCAUUCUUGCCUUCCCUCCCUGCAGGGCCCCCUCCACCAAGCACCAAGCUGCUGCAGGGGCUGUAGGGAGGAGACAAGGGGGGGCGCGCAGAGGCACGGCCCCCUGGUCCUGGGCGCUAAUUAAGAAGCUGUGUUGGGCCCGGCUGGGGUGGUUCAGUGGUUGACCGUCGACCUAUGAACCAGAAGAUCAAGGUUCAGUACCCGGCCAGAUUGCAGGUUCGAUCCCCAGUGUGGGGCCUGCAGGAGGCAGCCCAUCAAUGAUUCUUUCUCACCAUUGAUGUUUCUAACUCUCCCUGUCCCUUCCU